AUGGUUACUCAAAAGUCGCUACAGCAGUUUCAUACGCUUGCGCUUCAUUUCUACUGCCAUGUCUUUAGUGACAGUGACGACAACCACCACCACGACAACAAAUCUCCUCCUGCAACUAUCACCGUUCUCCUCAACGACCUCGACGCGGUGGAAGCACCUCAAGUUAUUGACAUUAUUAUUGCUGGAUGCAAAGGAUUGACAAUAGAUCACGAAGCAUGUCCUGCCUUUUGUAAAUUCAUGUUUAAGGCGUGCGCAAAACAGAUCCGGUUGACGAGUUUGCGAUCGUCCCAGUUUGAAAUAUGCAUUACGUUUUUACUCGACGGACUCGAACGAACCGAAACAGCAGCUGAACUUCGCGUCGAUAUGCUUCGAGCAUUCAGCGCAUUGGUAUUUGAAAAUGCGUCGAAUGCAGUCAAACACUAUCCCCGAGUAUCAAAUCUACUACUUCAACUGGCAAACCGAUCUACACGACCACUUGAAGUUCGGCGCAUGGCUAUCAAUUGUAUCGGAAAUAGCUGUGCUAAUGCUGGAUCGAAGCUACAACCGUAUUAUGCAAGUUACUAUCAAGCACUUUUAGCGAAUGUGUGUGUGGUUGAACAUGGAUCACACGGUACCAUGAUGGUCGCAUCAUCUUCACUGGAUUUCACCGACUCAGCCGUUCGCAAAGUUGCCAGCAGCACUCUACGCGCUCUUCAAUUCGUCUUGUCGCAAGAUAGGACAUUGGUGACCAACCCGCUAUGUGAUAUCAUUCAAAUUGUACAAAAGUUUAUAUUUACUAGCGUCUCGACGCAGGCAUAUAACGCGAUGCGAGAAGAGGCACUGCCCACUACCCCACGAGGACGUGUUGUCCGGCUACAGCAGCAACAGACCAAUCGACGGCCAUCGCAGAUAUCAUGGAGAUCUAUGGAACCUAGAACAAUUGGGCUGACAAGUUCGGAUUCUGAGUUAUCUGAUACAGCAGACACGACCAUGGCAAAUCCACGUCGACAGAGAGACGAUGCGAAAAUACGGAUCAACGCAUUACUUUGUCUUGCUGCUAUUGCCAAGACAUCAUCACGCGCAUUAUACCCCCACUGGCAAAAAUUUAUCCCUGAUACAUUCUCCAUUUUCCUCAGCAACAAUACAGACCAGCAUGGCAAUCUCUUUCCAACACUCCAAUCCGAUAACCAGCCGCUCUCACUAUUUACGCUUCUCUUAUAUGACCCAACCGUGACUGUACGCACUGCUGUGUGCAACACACUGAUUGCCAUGUUGGACGGAUCUAAGCAAUAUUUGAGUGUUGCAUCUGAGCGGUAA